CUCCCUCUCUCCCCUUGAGCACCCUGCCCUAGGCCCUGUCCCUUGGGCAGCACUAUCCUUGCAUUCCAGACGUCUCCUGUUUUUGCUGCCCAGAAGAUAAUAUUCAUGGCUGGCAGACAUUUGCGUCAGUGUCAGAUACAGUCUCAAUGCCAUCGUGCCCCCAGCCUAGCUCAGCAAGGAAGGCAGGAGGAGGUGGCUUGGUUGGACUGAAAAGGGAAAAGUGAAAAGCCAGGGCAACCUGCACAAAAAAGAGACAGGGCUUCAACAUUCAUGCAGAAACCACCAGCUCUUGAGCACAAAGACUCAGCCUUCUUUCUUACCCACAUUCAAAAAACAAAAAAGGAAACCCAGUCCUGUAGGUCUUUUGCCCCUCUUGCACAUUAUUUCUUUGCACAUGCUGGAUCUGAGCUCUUGGCACACCUUGCCCCACAUCAACUCCAUGUUGAUCUUGCUGUUUGUCCUGCUGGCUCCUGCCAGGGUUGCUAGCUGUAGCAAAGGGGAAGUUGACAGGCAUCUCAUCCUGGCCAAAGUCAAGGCACAUUUCCUGGAGUACCUUGGUCCUGUCCCACAAACUGAAAAGCUCCAGGCAGGACGGCGAAGGGCGCUCCACAGACGGCAUGCCUCAGGCACAUCAGUCACCCUGAAGUGGGAGGAAGAGGACAUAUCCCAAGUGAUCACCUUCCCAUCCAGAGAUGUGACCUGUGGGCCAUCUCAACCUGAUGGGCUUCCAGAAGAGGCAGGUCUUUUUACCUACGUCUUCCAGCCCUCCACACACACCCUGAGUCGUAUGGUGACGUCAGGACAGCUGUGGUUCUACACAGGACCAGUGACAGUGCAAAGCAGCAGCCCUUCAGAAGCAUCCUCCAACACCUCCAUGCCCGAAGCAGAGAUCCUAAAACUGUCAGAGCAAGGCUGGGAGCCUGUGGCAACUACGGCAGUGCCAGCUGCAGAGGGCUGGACAGUGUUUCAUUUUGGGACUUCCUUCUUGCCCUAUAUUACCCAGAAGAUAUUUGUGUUGAUGGUUCGUUGCCCUGGCUGUCCGUGUGGAUCCGAUGCUGAAAAGAUACCUUUCCUUGUGACAUCUACCAACCCUAAGGGCCAUGAUCGGGCCCGGCGUGCUUUCAGACCCGGGUCACCAGCUCUUCUCCGCUCGCUCCAACGACCUUCAGGUGAUGCUGAAGUCCAUGCCAACUGUCACCGGGCUUCCCUCAAUAUCUCCUUUGAAGAACUGGGUUGGGACAAAUGGAUUGUGCAUCCUUCCAGCUUCAUAUUUCACUACUGCCACGGGACCUGCCCUGAGAACCACGUUCUUGCACACAAGUCCGGCUUCAAACUCUGCUGCGCAGCAUUGCCAGGCACUAUGCACUCCCUGAGGGUACGCACCACUUCAGAUGGUGGAUAUUCCUUCAAGUAUGAGACAGUGCCAAACAUCCUCACCCAGGAUUGUGCCUGCAUGUAGCAAAAUCCCAGCUCCAAAGGAACAAUGCAUUCCUGAAGGUAAACUAGACUCUUUGCCCAGUUCAAUUCACUGUAGCACCUCAGCAAGUAUUCUCUCUGGUUGGUAGGCCCAUGACCAGUCCCAUCUGUCAAAGAUAUGCACAUUGAACCUGAUUUUUACUAGAAAAUUGUUCCUUUCUAAGUAUUGCCUAGUCUGUAACUUGUCUAGUAUAAAGAGUGCUUCAUCCAAAAUAGAUAUAGCCAUUUGCUAAGUUUGUGGUUUUCCCAGCCAGACUUGUCACUUGUAGUAGCCUUUCAGGUUAAAAUUGAUCACGGAUAUGCAAGAAUAUGGAACAGAAGCUGCUUAAUUAUUUCACUUAGUUUUUAUGCAAUUUCCCCCAAAUUGCUAUUACACAGAGAGCAGUCUGCUGUCCAAAUGUGCUGGACUCCAUCUCCAGGGCAGUGUUUGUGCUGGUAUCUAACAUAUCUUGGGAAGCUGGUUGAAGAGGGUGAUACUAUACAAUCUCAUCUAUUUUUAGUCUGAGAAAACCAAUUUUGAAUGGAAAAACAACUAGGCAAUAAAAGACCUCCUAACUUGGUUUUUGUCAAAAUGCUAUAGACCCCUAUAAAGUCCCAUAAACAAAGCCAGGUAUCUUUAUCAUGAUCUAGACAAAGAUUUGUUGUAUCCUUCAAGAUCAAUUUCCUUGGCUUUCUGCACACAACGAGAUAUACACAGCGGUCUUUGCACUGGACUCAUUGAGAAUCCCACAGCAAAGAACCUUUCCAUUGAAUAUUCUGAUGUAACAGGAAACAUUUGGGGCAGAAAGAGCUGUAUAAUAGGAUUAGUGGGUUUUCUAUCCAGCAGUUGAGCCUCAUGGUUCCUUGGGAAUAGCAUGUUGAACCUAUCAAGAAUACAUGGAAGCAGUGAUCAAGAAGUCACAAAGAGCAAGCAUAGCCCAAUUCAAUCUAGCAAUGGUAAUCAACAAAGAUCAUUAUCAGAUAGACAUUUGGGCAGUGGAAGACUAUUUUAGCUCAGUAGCAAAACUGUUGAAAUUGCAGGGGAAAGGUGAGGGCAGAGACCCAACUCAUCUUGCUGACUAAAGUGUUCAAGAUGGGAUAAAGGCAACCAGAUAUAUCAGCUAUCUUCCAGUACUGCUGUCUGCAACCACUGAAUGCCAGUAAUCAGAACAUGGUGUGAUAGCCAGGAUGUAGGAGUGCUCUUGCUUUGUUAAACUUGUACUGUAAUCAACAGAUUUAAACUGUAGGUUAUUCAGAAAGUGUUUUGAAAACACUGUAUGUUAAAUAAAGAUUGUUGGUUUUUUAAAAAAAUAAAAUGAUCUGUUUGGAAACUCAAA